GUCAAAUACGCACACUAUUUUGCACUACGCUCCGGAACCGGAACAGGAAAAGGAACAAAAUAGAAGCAGCUCGUCGCAGGCGCUUUUGCGUUGCAAAAUAAAGAAAAACAAUCAAAAUUUCACCAAAGCUAAGCUGCACAGCUACCAAAACGGCACACCGCGCCGACUCUAUGUCAUUGUUAACUCAAUUGCUGCUGAAUUUCAAUCAAAAGGCCCAAUUCCGCAGCCAGCACAACUUAGAGCUGAUAAACUCCUUCAUAACAUAACAAAAAGUUGUGAGAUUCGAGCAGCUCGCGCCUUCAAUCAAAAGACGCGAACGCCAAACGCUUCUAAACGCCGCCCACUUAGGGAGAAAACCGCAAACAUUUUUUACCGGAAGAGAAAAAAGAAAUCAAAUCAAAAGAAAAUGAAUUUAAAUCUGUGCGCUAUAGCGCUGCUGCUGUUUGGCAGCCUCUCGGGCGCCCAGAGUCGCGCCGUGGACAUUGUGGACGACAGCAACGAUGUGGACAACUCCAUUGAGACGGAGGAGGUGCCGCAGUCCCAGUCGAAGCACCGCAACCGCGCCUUCGAGGACGACUGGCUGAAGUUCACCAAAACUCCACCAAACAAGAUGCAACAGGCGCCCGGCGCCACCCUCGAGAUCGUCUGCGAGAUGAUGGGCUCCCAGGUGCCCAGCAUCCAGUGGAUUGUCGGUCACAUGCCACUCUCAGAGAUUGAUAAUCUGGAAACGAACUCGAUCACGGAGGAUGCGCCCACGGCGAUCGUUCGUGUGCGCUCCGUGCACAUUGUCGAUCACAUGCUGAGCGAGCCGAGAAUCUACACGUGCAUCGGACGCACUGGCUCCAAGACCAUCUAUGCCAGCACCGUGGUGCAUCCCUCGCACGCUGACCAGGAGCUGGGUAGCCUGAUCGUGCCCGAGAAGCAGUACCAGGGCCCGCAGAAGCCGCGCAUCAUCUACACCGAGAAAACCCAUCUGGAUCUGAUGGGCUCGACCAUCAUGUUGCCCUGCAAGGUGCACGCCCGCCCGCACGCCAAGAUCACCUGGAGGAACAACGAGGACAAGGAAAUCGUGCAGAGCCAUCGCUUCAAGGUCCUGCCCACCGGAGAUUUGCUGAUCGCUGAUCUUAAAUGGGAGGAUAUGGGCAACUACAAGUGCAUAGCGCAUAAUGCUGUGGGCCGAGACUCAGCGGAUACCUUCGUAUACCCCGUACUUAAGGAAGACUAAAGAUUCCACCCAAGGCUAUUCGAUUGGACAUUUUUAGUUAGUUAGAUAGAUCAAAUGCCUUUGAAGAUGCGCAAAAGAUAAAACCAAUACUAAAAAAAUUCAAAAAAAAAAAAAAAAACACAAAAAAAAAUGAAAAGGAAAAGAAAGCUUAAGCUUAAGUUUAACUCUAGAAUCUAAUGCCGGCUUAGACUUUAAUGUUUUCAAUAAUUUCUUUGUUUUAUUUCAUCCACCUCGAAUAUUAAUUUUAACGGUAUUUGAUUAGGUUUGAUUAGGCAUUUGCUUGUUUCUUCAAUUUUAGCUUUUAGUUGUUCAGGUAAACAAGUUUCGUUAAUAUGUAAGUAGCAAUGUUUGUUCCUAACUAUAUCAGGCAAGACACUAGUUAACGAUAUUAAUUGGCCCGUGACUUAAUAAACAUGUAUAUAUGUGCUAUAUAUAUGUAUAUGUCUAUAUAUGUAUAGCCAGCCAAUGAAGACACCAAUCCACCAAUGCACUAUAGGCAUAUGAAUUUACCUAUUCACGCAUAAACGAAGUCAUGAAUUCACGCAAAGAUUCGUUUAUUUCAUAUCUACAAAAUUUAUUUAUUGAACCCGCAUCGUUCAUACAUUUACCCAUCCAUGCAUACAUUUACACAUACAAGCAUACAAAAGAAAGAGAAAAGUAUUCACUGAGGUUAACAGAACAGUCUUUAUAUAAUACAUACACACACACAAAUAAGUAUACACACACCCAUGGAAGCCCUACAUAACUUUACGAAGUGUUGCCCCUUUACAUUAUGUUUUAUGUUUUACAUUAAGCUAAUUGAACUGAAUUAUGGUUUUUUUUACAUUAUAUAUUUAAAUAUUAUAUUAUUGAA